CUUGUCUACGCUUGGCUCGUCGCCCUGGUCGCUUGCGACAUCGUCUCUACACGCCCUGCUCAUUCUUGGUAGCGUGUGCCGGGCUAGCACUGCUUUGCCAUUCCUUUCCCCUCUCCGCAGUUCCUUCAAUUCACAGCGUCGCCGUGGCCGCUUUCACUUUUUCCUUUUGACUAUUCUACUACUUCCAUAUUCGUAAUGGCCGAGAAGCGGACGACAGCACCCGGUCCCAGCACCACUCUGCAGAGAGGUAAAGCAUGUUUAAGAUGCAGGAAGCGCAAAAUGAAAUGCGACGGCGCAAAGCCCGCUUGUCAACAGUGCGUUAAAGCAAAGAAGGCAGAAGCCUGCGAGUAUGACGACGGCAAGGGCAAGACAAGGACACAGCUCAUGCGCGAACACAUCGCACGUCUGGAGUCCCGUAUCAAGGAUCUCGAGAGCUCAGACAAGACCUCUCCCCCUGUCACGCUCUUUGACCCCCAUGCCGUCUCACCAUAUCUCUCGGAGUCGUCUUCAUCUUCGAGUCACGAUUCACCAGGCCCAUUCAGCCUUUCCGCAUCCACUUCCCCGGUCCCUUUCCCACUUGAUGCGGACACCUCGUCAUGGGAAGACCAGUGGGAAAGUUUGAAUGGAUUCGCCUCGAGUCAGAUCGCAGAUGCACUCACUCCUGAUGAACCUCCCCUUGAGCUCGCACAGAUGCUUCUGGAAAUCUUCCUUCCACACCGCCAUCAAUGUGGCCUUGAUGUCCAUGUCGGACGUCUGCGGGAGUCGUUGAAUCGUCCUCCGUCCGAGCGGCGGCAUCCUGUGUUGAUGAACGCCAUCUAUCUCUGGGCUUGUUACAUGUCCCGCCCCGGCAACCUUAGCGACCACGAGUCGCUUUAUCUCUCGCGUGCUCUCGCUGCUCUUUCCGACGCCAUUGCGAACCCGUCGAAAGUCAUCGACCUCAUCCAAGCGCAGUGCAUCCUGUCUAUGUACUUCCUGUCCAACGGCCGCCUCCUCGAGGGCAGCUACCAUGCCAGCGCAGCUGCGUCACUCGUGAUCCAGUGGGGUCUCCACCAGAUCGGCACGGCGGAUGUCACGCCCAGCGGCGUGCUUGCGGAGUGGGACACGUCCUUCCGCCUCGACCCGCCCGCGGACGCCAUCGAGCAGGGUGAGCGCAUCCUGACGUUCUGGCAGGUGUACAACCUCGACCGCUGCUGGUCCGUCGUGCUCCAGCGCCCGUCGAUCAUCCCCGACAGCAAGCACCCGCGCACGGCGAUCAUGGCCCCGUGGCCGCAGCGCCUGGAGGAUUACGAGGCGGGCGAACUCGAUCUCGGCAACGGUUCGCCGGUCAUCACAUCGUUCUUCAUGCACCAGGCGCAGGCGACCCCUCUGGUCGGUGGAUUCAGUUCUGCAGCACUGCGUGCCAAGGCGUCGGCGCUGUUCGAGGGCUCUCAGAAGCUGUCGUCGAGUUGGAACCCGAGACUCCCGUCUUCGACCAACUUCAGCGAAAACUUCCGAGCCUUUGACAGCACCAUCUCGCGCUUCGUCUCGACGCUGCUGCCGGUGCACCAGCUGGCGACCAUGAUGCCAGAAGACAAGUACACGCUCUUCCUCGUGCACAGUCUCGCGCACGCGUCGAUGGUGCGCCUCCACCAGCCGUUCGUCGCGGACGACCAGCUGUCCCGAGAGAAGGCUCUGCGAGCGGCACGAUCCCUUGUCCUCGUCGUCAAGCACGUCACUGAGGCCGACUUCGACUACCUGGACCCGAUGAUCGGACACUGCUGGAUGACUGCCUCGCGCGUGCUCGCGUUCGAGCUAGCACAGAUGCAGGCGUCCUGGCCACCGCUGAACUCCACCGACCUCCGGAGCGAACUCGCGACUGUCGUCUACGCGCUUACGAAGCUCGGGGCGCGGUUCCCCCUCCUCGGGUACGAGGUGGCCAAGAUGCAGAAGAUGCUUGACACGGCCUGAGGCGCCGCAGCUCCCCUGCUCCCCUGGCGCGUGCGCUCACACACCACGCGAGGAAACGAUUUACACGCAAACGCACACAACACGACAUAUUGAUGCUCGUGACGACACUCGCACGCUCAUGGGCUGAGUCAUCGCGGCGCGACGUGGCUCUUACUUCUCUCCGGGUCAGCGGGCCCUGACAUCUCCUGGUACGACAUGACGGCUACCCUCUCAUGCACGUUAAGCACGACCAUUACGUUCAUUUUCUUAUUUUGGAUCUGUACUCUCCCCUUCGUUUUCCCCCGAGCACGGACUCAUCUACCUUCACCUCCCUUUGCCGGGUGCACGUUGGUUUGGACGACGGACCUUUUUCUUACAGACUUUGACAGACUUUCUCCCUUCUCCCUAGUCGUUCUGCCUCCUUCCGCAGAGUUUUCCCUUCGCUUUCGCUUUCGGACUGCAUGGUUACGGACCCUGGGACACUUGACACGAUCGGACUCACGUCUUCUAUUCUCGGACACUGUUGCAUUAAUCAGCACGUUACUCUCCUGCAUUUUGCUUUCCUUACACGUACGCCCACGCACACUUUACUCAAUCUCGGACAAUUCGCAUUGUAGUCUAGAAACUUACUCAUAGACACUCACCGUACUUAUAGCUAUAUUCUCCACUAUUCUCAUACAGUACCACUGUGACUUUUUUUCUUGCGGGCAACCCUUUUGCUUUUCGGUUGGCACACCUGUUGCGCGGGGCCGUUGGCUGCUUCUUUGUCGUUC